GCUACGCUCUGUCAACACGGAAGUGUUGCUGCUUUGUGUCAUAUGAAGUAAUUUAUCAAUAAAAACCAACAAUGCGUGUCGUACAUAUAGUUUAUAUAGGGGUUGUGGCGUUAUUUACCCGAUCGUCGGCGCUGGAUAACGGUUUAGCGUUAACUCCAACGAUGGGCUGGUUGCACUGGGAGAGAUUCAUGUGCAAUAUCGACUGUGACGUGGACCCUCAAAACUGCAUCAGAGAGGAGUUGUUCAUGGAGAUGGCAGAUGUGAUGGUGAAAGAGGGAUGGAAGGAUGCUGGAUAUGAGUAUGUGUGCAUUGAUGACUGCUGGCCCUCACACAAAAGGGAUGCCCAGGGGCGUCUGCAAGCCGACCCUAAGAGGUUUCCAAGUGGAAUCAAAAAAUUGGCUGAUUAUUUUCAUGCCAGAGGUCUUAAACUGGGAAUAUAUGCCGAUGUGGGCACAUACACAUGCGCACUGUACCCUGGGAGUUUGGGCUACUAUGACAUCGAUGCGAAAACCUUUGUAGAGUGGGGCGUAGACCUGUUAAAAUUUGAUGGAUGCAACAUGCCUGACUGGCAUCAGCUCGGAGCAGGCUACAUAAACAUGUCAAGAGCUUUAAAUCAGACGGGUAGGAGUAUUGUAUACUCCUGUGAAUGGCCUUUAUAUGAGUGGCAAUAUCAACAGCCUGAUUAUGAAGAAAUUCGCAAGACCUGUAACCAGUGGCGAAACUACGGUGACAUCUAUGACCAGUGGACAAGUGUGAAAGGCAUUCUGGAUUGGACAGCUGAUCAUCAAAAGCUCCUGGUCCCAGUGGCAGGACCUGGGGGUUGGAAUGAUCCUGACAUGCUGAUCAUUGGAAACUUUGGCCUUAGCCACGAUCAACAGCAGACACAGAUGGCCUUGUGGGCUAUCAUGGCUGCCCCACUUCUGAUGUCCAACGACCUACGAAACAUCUGCCCCAAAGCUAAAGAACUUCUGCAAAACAAACAGAUCAUUGCCAUCAGCCAGGACCCUCUGGGCAAGCAGGGAUAUCGUACUUUCAAGGCUGACAAUUUUGAGAUGUGGGAACGGCCCUUGUCAGGUGACAGGUUGGCCCUGGCAGUGAUGAACAGACAGGAGAUUGGAGGCCCACGAAGAUUCACCAUUUCAGUGGGAACGCUGCCUAGCUGGCAGCUCUGCAGUCCUAAGUGCAAUGUAACGCAGAUCCUGCCCGUGUACAAGGAAAUGGGGGUCCAGGAACUUUUAUCAAAGGUGGUGGUCCAAGUCAAUCCUACAGGAACAACACUUAUCACUGUCAACCCUAUCAAAAGCAACCAUGAAGACAUCCUGUGAUAUGACUAUAAAAAACUGGUUUUAAAUUUCAAGGCAUUUUAUGCAAAGAAAAUGGAAACCUAUUGCGGCAAUAAUAUGAUCAAGUUUUUUUGUUUUACUGAAAUAUUCUCCGAGCACUAUGCAAAUGUAUGUGUCAUUCCAGAUCAUUUUAUACUGUAAAUAAAACUAAUAUAUAGAGCACUUUAACUCAAAACCGAGUUUACAUAUAAACACAUGAUUUUCAAUGACUAACUGAUAAGUUACUGAUGUAAUGUACAGUGAUUUUUAAAAUGUGCCUGUUAAACUCUUUUAAUAUA